CUAUUUGGUUAACCGUAAUAUUUACUUUAAUUUCAUGGGUAUGUGCUUAUCUUCGUGUGUGUUAUCAUCUAUGCACCAAUUAACGAUUGAUCUCUUUGAUCUGUAUAUUAUGUAAGGGGUUGAAAUUAUAAUUUUCGGUUCAGAUCUUGUUUUCAUAGAUUUAAUUAUUGAUUCGGAAUGAACAUCAUGAAUUGGAAUGGAGAAAAUUCUUUAUUCUUAUCUUGAUCGUAGAAAUAAAUAUUUGUUUUGCCAAUCAUUUUAAUGACUUUACAAAGAAAAUUUUUAACGACGCUAUUAUGAGAUUUUUUUAAUUGUAUGGAGCAAAUUCUUCAUCCUUAUCUUCUUUAUUUCCUCAUUAUCAUUGUUCUCUACAAUUUAAAAAUAUUGAUUACUUGAUUUAGAUCAAAGGAUGUUUAGAAUUUAUUCAGUUUCCAAAUGUUUUGGACUUGAAAGGGCUUAGGUGAUGCCCUUGUGAACUUUUUUAUACUCUGUAUAGUUAUAUGCAUUGCCCCAUUUUUUUCUGAAGAAAAAUAACUGAUCCAUCAUUGCUGCACAUAUACUGCUUUCAUGAGUCAUAUUUUCAAAUGGCUUCUCUUUGUGUUUUCCAUUAAAAUAAUUCUAGGAAUAAUGACCAUAAGCACUAUGGUUAGAAAUGAGCUGUAAGACUUGUGAUGGGGAAUCAAGAUAAAAACAUCUUGUUGUAUACUCUGCAAUAAAUGAUUUUUUUGAACUAUACUACUUUAUUGCUUGAAGGGUGAAAUUCAGUGUGCGGUAAAGUGGAAUAAGGAUCCUGUAGUAAUUCUGUCCAGUGUAUAAGAUACUGAAGAUACCACAAUAUUUGGUGUUUUUCUUGGUAAGUAUGCUAAAAUAUGUAAUAUUUGCAUAUGUUAGAGGUUUAUCUUCUUUUUUAGGUUACACGCUAUUCUUGCAUCAACUAUUUGGCCUAUUUUCACACAUUUUCAUGCUUUCUGUUUAGAAAUACUUUUUACACAUAAUUACUAAGUCACUGGCUCACUACACACAAAGCAUGUUUAUGGCUUUUAAUCAUCAUAUCUCACUUUGUUGGGUUGAUAUAUGUCAAGCUCUAGUCCAAAACUUGAAUGUCCUCGUGUGAUGAGAGGUAAGUACUCACUCUUUAAGCGAUUUUCAUCCUGGAAAGAGCAGGCAACUGAAAAUUUUUCUUGCUUUAUGCACGAAGAAGGUAACUCAGGAGAGAUGGCUAACUUUAUGUCAUCUAGAAUAUGAUCAUUUAGGCAAAUACUUCCUUGUUGCAGGGUUGUGACUUGUCACCCCACCCCACCGCCAAUGGAAGGGGAACAAUGAUGUUGUGUAGUAUCAUGAUUUUCACCUUCUGAUAUUCCUAAAAUUUGGCAUUUUGUAUAAGCAUCUGUGUCCUGUUGCCAUCUCAUUUUUCUAAUUUCAGGAUCUUUACACAAGGAUAUUUUUAGUGCAAUGAUGAAUUUCACUCUCUAUUUUAAUUUCAUAGAGUGUCGAAUGUAUAAAUUUGAUGUUACAACAACUAGCUUUGAAACUGUGUUUUUCUUCUCUGAUAUGUAGCAUAAGACUAAAUUUUCGGUAGCAUCAACAUGUAGGGUAUCACAGUUGCUGUGUAGUUUUUCUGUUUUGAAAUUACAAAUAAAAAUUUGUAGAACAUUGAAAUAUUAAUGGUUUUAGUGAUAGUAACAGUUGAACACACGUUACGGGUGUACCUAGAUGGAUACUAGGGAACAAAGCAUGCCAGAAGAGGCAGAUAAGCAUCAUGCUCUUCUCUAUAAGGAAUGGGAUGAAGCUUCAUGCCCUAUAUGUAUGGAUCAUCCACACAAUGCUGUUCUUCUUCUUUGUAGUUCUCAUGAUAAAGGGUGUAGAUCUUACAUUUGUGACACAAGCUAUAGGCACUCAAAUUGUCUGGACCGUUUCAAGAAAGUCCCUGAAAAGAAUUUUCACUUUCCCCCUUCUCCACCCACACUGGUUACAGGUGGAAUUGCCGGAGGAUCAGAACCAAAUAGAAUUGAUUUUUCAGAUAAUAAUUAUACAUCGGAACCAAAAUUGAACCUUAAAUGCCCUCUAUGUCGUGGGGACGUGUUUGGAUGGAAGGUAAUUGAAGAAGCUAGAAACCACCUGAAUUUGAAGCUUAGAAAUUGUUCCCGUGAAUCAUGCUCGUAUGUAGGUAAUUAUAAGGAACUGCGCCUUCAUGCCAGGAGGGCUCACCCCACAGUCCGUCCAACUGAGGUUGAUCCAUCAAGACAGAGAGCUUGGAGAAGCCUGGAAGAACAGAGAGAAUAUGAUGACAUCAUCAGUGCCAUUAGAACUGCUAUGCCAGGUGCUAUGGUGUUUGGGGAUUAUGUGAUUGAGAAUGGAGGAGAUAGGGUAUCAACAGGAAGUUAUAGGGAAAGGGGUGACGGUUUGAUGAGUACAUUCUUCCUGGUCCAGAUGUUUGGGUCAAUGGGUUCAAUGUCUAAUAUGAGGAGGAGGAGUGGUGAUAGGUCAAGAACUCUGUCAAGGAACCGUCGGUCAAACGGAUCUUUUCCAAGGCGCCGAUUUCUUUGGGGAGAGAAUCUCUUGGGUCUUCAAGAUGAAGGGAGAACUGAGGAAGACGAUGCAGCUGACUCGGAUAGAAUGAAUCAUGUGGCCCCAUCUGAUAGGGGGAGGAGGAGGAGACGACAGAGGCGUCGGUUGAUGUGAAGAUUGGCAUUAUUCUUACACUCUGAAAGCCUCUAAUCCGAAGAACUUGAUGCCAUCUGUUCGGAUUUGGACAAAUGAUUGAGGUCGAUUGGGGUGUUCGCGUCUCCUGUUACAUUCGUGAUCCGUCCCAAAUUCUCUACCUACAAGAUUUGUGAAUACUCGCUUUGUCCUUCGGUUUUAUUCUUACAUCUGUGAAUCAAUUAAAGUUGUACAUCCUGGGUCUUAGUGUCUUUUUAAAUUUAUGAAGCCCUUCUUGCUGUUAUUAUUGUUGUCAAGAUCCUAUGUUUUAGUAUCUUUUUUAAUUUAUGAACCCUGUGUUGCUGUUAAGCCUGUUAUCAUUAUUAGUUUUUCAAUCUUCCCACUGUUUUGCCCCAUUUUAUUUUUUAGUCUCCCUCCCUAUUUUGUCUCACUUUGCACAUGUUUGUUCCAUCUUUUUGUCUCAUACUAUAGCUUUGCUUGGGAAUGAAGUAGGACUUUCCUC